GGAGCGUCGGCGGCAGUGCGCCUGCGCUCCGUCGCCUCGCCUCGCCGCUCCGUCCCGUCCUCGUCCCUCCCCGGCCCGGAGCGUCGGGCGGAAGAGCUGGAAAGGAAGAAACGAGGUUAGAAAUGUUUCUAGGAGAAGAGGAGGCCAAGUUUGGUAGUUUGUUUACGUGGACUGAAGCAGAAGGAAAUGCAGUGAUGCAAGACAAUUCAAGAGUACAACUCUCAAGACCAGAAAGCUCACCAUCUAUGAUGAUGAAUGCUGACAUGGAUGCUGUUGAGGCUGAAAAUCAGGUGGAACUGGAAGAGAAAACACGGCUUAUUAAUCAGGUGUUGGAACUUCAGCACACACUUGAAGAUCUCUCUGCCCGAGUAGAUGCAGUUAAGGAAGAAAACCUGAAGCUGAAGUCAGAAAACCAAGUUCUUGGACAAUAUAUAGAAAACCUUAUGUCUGCUUCUAGUGUUUUCCAGACAACUGACACAAAAAGCAAAAGAAAGUAAGGGGUUGGUCCCUCUUUUGCUUCAAGAUAUUGCUGCUAUUUUUUGUUUGAGGUUUGUUGUUUUUUUUAAAUAUGCGUAGGCUACACAAGUUACAAUAUAUUAGUUUGUGGCUUCAUUAAAUAUUCAUCGAGAUAAUGGCAGAUGUAGGCAGAGUUAAGAGCACUAACAUAUCUGAGGACAUCAGUGAAUUUGUGUUUUAUGUUAAUCUUUGAAAAAUGUGCAGAUGUAUUGUGGAGACUUUAUAAUUAGAUUAUAUAGAUUUGUUUAAGGUUAAGCAAAUGUCUGACAUGGCCAGAUUCACUUUGAAAAAUACUGAGUUUGGGGAGUAUUAAUGAAAUAUGAGUAUUGUGAAAAUUCCUGAACCAGGUUCUGAAUGUGUAGUUUUUAAUCUAACUUGUGCACGAUCAUGUGGCUCCAUCUCCCUUUCUUCCUCUUACCACCUCUCCACUUGACAGGGAAUAUUUAACAGGCUUCUUUCUCCCACUUGCAAAUUUCAAAUAUAAAAUCAACUAUGAGAGGCCAGGAUGAGGAUUUUCCUAACAUCCCAUUUUGAGUUAGGCUUGUUGGCUUGCCCCUGGCAAACUGAAAACAAAUCGUAUAAAAAAACCCAGAAACUCUUUGGGAAUGCUGAAUUGCUUUUAUUUAGAAAAAUUUCCAGUUUACUUUUCCAAAACUCUACUCUGCCUAUAUCAUUAAGAUUUUUAACUUAAAAGGUCAAUUCGAGGUUUUUUUAGAGGUAGAAAAGGAAUUAAUCCAAAGAACCGUGCAGGCAGAUUUAAGCACCAGUAAGCAAGCGUGUCUCUACUCACUUUCCCUCUCUGAGCACGUGUCCAUCCUCUUCUGUUGUCCGUGGAUUCUUGUUCAUGGACAUCAGGGAUGUCCCGUGUGAGAGAGGCGAUGGAAAAGGAUCACUUACCGCAACGAAGUCUUUCGUCAAGAUCCCAGAGCCUGCUCAGAAAACAUUACAGCAAGUGCUCUCCAGGCCUCCAGUGCACAGAAUAGGAGCAAAGGGUGCAAAACCCAUUAGGGUGUAUAGGAGAAUCAUGCAAAGAAGGGGCAGUUUUUACCUAUGGUGCAAGUUGACAGUCUUUAUCAGUAUUUGAAUUGAACAAGCGGCCCAAAAGCAAUCCAGUGAUUUGGAUUGCAGGAUCGUGGAGAUGUCUUUUUGCUAAGAGUAUUUUUUAUCAAAUCUUAAUUUUGAGAGUUAACGUCAAAACGUGUUGACCACCCAGGGAGCAAGAGGGUCCGCCGCUGCCCAGCAGGGGGUAUGGCUUGUAGCUAUUAGACACGAGCCACUUUUAACCAAGAAGUACUCUUACGUUUGUUUUGUAUAGAUGGAAGAUUGAAUAAAGUGAUUUAGCUGUGUAUAUAAAUAUAUAAGUAGUCAGGACUGAAAACACUUUGCAUCGUGAUCUUUUUGUCUUAAUUUAUGAACGUUUAAAAAUGGUUGCAGUUGGAAAUUUCAGUUAUUAAAAGUUGGUUUUUUUUUUUUGA